GGCUCGGCCCAGGAAAAUAUUCUGCCCAUUGAAGCCCAGAAGGCCCGGCUGCAAUAUAAGCCACUCCCAGCCGUCUCCUCCCCACGCGAAAACCCUAGCAGCUCGGCACUCCUCCAACCCAGGUGUUACAUACGCUGUCGGCCGGGUCCUCGGAGCGCGGGAGAUGGCGGAUCAGGAGACCCCAGCUGUGGUUGAGGCACCUACCCCGGUUCUUGGGGAGCCGAUGGACCUGAUGACUGCCCUGCAGCUCGUCAUGAAGAAGUCAGGUGCUCAUGAUGGCCUUGUGAAGGGUCUUCGUGAGGCUGCCAAAGCCAUCGAGAAGCAUGCUGCUCAGCUUUGCGUGCUUGCUGAGGACUGUGAUCAGCCUGAUUAUGUCAAGCUGGUGAAGGCUCUCUGUGCUGAGCACAAUGUCCACCUGGUUACGGUGCCUAGCGCUAAAACUCUUGGCGAGUGGGCUGGGCUUUGCAAAAUUGACUCCGAGGGCAAGGCAAGGAAGGUUGUAGGCUGCUCCUGUGUUGUGGUCAAGGACUAUGGCGAAGAAUCUGAAGGCCUUAACAUAGUGCAGGAGUACGUCAAAUCGCACUAGAUACACACUAUAUAGUGUGCCAGUAUCUGGAACUUGUGUUCUACUACAUUUUGCACCUGAGUUUAAAUUUGUGCUUGGUUCUUGGGCUUUGCUAGGAGAUUAGAACAAUUUUCAAGUGAGCCAAGGAUUCAUGUGAACGAUUUGGACAUCUCAACUCUUGUUUGAAGUGCUCUCAUCUACUGUUAAUACAAAUCAGCAAGAGCCAGUAUUCUGCUUGUUUGUUGUUC